AAUACCUGGAUGAAAACUAUGCUUCCUGAUUUACCGUCCACGGUUUACAAGACGAUCGAAGAAGUUUUCUCAAGAUUUGGGUAUUCGAUGGAAUUUUGGCGAAUUGAGCACUAUAAUGGAGGAUUUUGUUAUGAAUACAGUGAUGCCCGCAACUGUAUUAUUGGAUUUGCCUUCUCACGAAUAAAUUAGACCGAAUACCAACCUGGACGAAUGAUGAAUUUCUUAAUAAAAGAAUGUUUGAGACGUGCAUGCCUUGUAAUAGACCUUCCGUCGAGUAUUUUUGGAAUCGUGCACCUCUGGAAAAACAAGUACAAAGAGCUGUUGCCCGGCUUAAUGGUUAUGAUUUCAUUAGAUUCAUUUUACCAAAACUGAAUGAUCAGCAGCUCGAUGAAUUCGUCAACAACAGAGAUGUUCAUGACUUGUAUUACGUGUUUAUAAGUCUACAUUGCGAUGAAUGGGUCGUCCUGAGAACUUGGUACUACAUUAGGAACAUUAUAAAGGAAAGUAAUUUUACAAAUUUGAUCAUUCGUAUGUUUGCAUAUGAGUAUAAGUUUAAUGUAAGAGAUGAGUACUUUGACCGGGAAAAGUGGCCAUAUUUGUGUUGUCAGAUAUGGAAUCAUGCACCGCUUAAUUUAAAACGAUCGGUGAUCGUCAAAGUUACUUCAUCGGACAGUAGAUGGUUCAAUGAUAUCCGUAUGGCAUCUACUUGUUAUUCUGUUUAUACUAAGGUAAACGUCGAGUUGUUAUUGACUACUCUACAAGAUGCAUCUUUGAAAGAAAGAAACUUAUUCUGGCGUAAUUGCUGGGAUCGUUUAAUCGAAACACUUCUAGGCGAAGAUUUGCAACGAGUAAUAGAAUUGUGCUUUGAGAACGAAGAUGAGAUCAAUCAGUUCAAGCAGAACGUCAUUGUUAAAAGCGAUGAUUUCUUUCAAUUGUGUGUAAGAUUAUUGGAAUUUGCGCGUUUAAAAGAAUUGAAUUCCUUAGUGCGUUUUUGUUGUCCCGAAUCGCAAGCAGCGUGUAACUUCAGGGAACAAGUAAUGCAAUCGGUGUUUCUCGAUGGAUAUUGUCAUCUCACUAGUGAGAUGGUCCAUAAUGUCGAUGAAUUUAAUGACUUUGUUAAAGAUAUUUCUACCAAUUUUAAAAAUCGGCUCAUUUCGUCGCCUUCAUUUAUGAAGGAGUUAGGGAGCCUUUUAUUCAAUGAAUUUCUAAAUGUUUAUUCGCAUAUGAUCAUCAAAUUUAUCGACACCCUUGUUACAACAGAAGAUACCGUACUGCAAGCCAAAAUGAAUAUGAUUGAUGCGUUGAAAGAGUAUGCGAAGAAGUGUACACCUGAGCGUGGCGAUAACUUUCGUGACCCUAUGUUCUACUCGAUUUUAUUGUGGUGCUUGGGAAGUGAUGAAAAAGUUGAAGAAUUCAAACUAAACUGCGCUUCGUUGUAGAGCCAUGAUGGCAAUAAAAAUCAAGUCGGAGAAUUUAUGAUUUUUUAUUCUAAAUAAUUUUAAGUUAUUAAGUACUUAUGUUAUAGGUUUUCUACGCAGGUAGGGUGCCUAUGUUGAGAAUUUUUAUAAGAUUUUCGAAGAUGUGAAGAGAUUUUACUGUUGAGUUAUUGUGUAUUCAGGCACCUUUUACUAGUAGCUAUUUUCGAGUUUCAGGUAGUUAAUGAUUUUUUGACAUACAAUUGAAUGUUCAGGUGACAAAAUCAUCAACUGUAACGAAUUUUUUUUAUAAAACUUGUGGUAGUACAAUUAUGUUGUUUUGAAUGUUGAGUAGGUAAUUGAUUCGAGCUAUUUCAGUCAAAUUCAGACCGUUUUUGCUAAUUUUAUUUUUUUGCUCAUUUUUGUUUUCGAAAUGGGAUUCUAUAGGUAGGUACUUUAAUGAAGUUUUGAAAUUUUUUUUUUUCGAAUACUUACCUAAUCUGUGACUGGAGUUUCUGUGCUUUCUAAUAUUUGUAUAGAGAAUCAAUUUUUAACGAAUUUUCAAAAUUUUCGUUGCUAGGUAUUAUGGUGAAUUGUUUCACAGUUGAUUUUAUGUACGUUUUCGUUCAUUUAUUUUCGAUUUUUGUUUAAUUUAUAAUCUCAAGCUCUCGGAAAAUUUGUUAUCUUGAAGAGAAGUUGCAUCAGGUUUAUUUCAUUUUUAUUUUUAUAAGCUAGGUAGUAUUUUUUAUGAAUUGAUUUAGGUACCUAUUAAGUAUUCUCAACUAUUUUGGUUGGGUUGUGAACAAUAACUGUAUUAGAUCAUAAAUAUACCUAUUAAAAUUAAAUUUCUUGAGAAGAUGUUUCGAA